GUGACUGGGGGCUGGAAAUGGGGCGGGAGCGGGGCUGUGGAGCCGCGGCGGCCUCUGUCAUGGACUCCUGGGUCCGCUUCAGUGCUCAGAGCCAGGCUCGGGAGCGGCUCUGUCGGGGUGCCCAGUAUGCGUGCUCCCUUCUUGGCCAUGCCCUGCAGAGACGUGGGGCCAGUCCUGACUUAUUGAAACAGAUUCAACAACUGGAGAGUCAUCUCAGCCUUGGAAGAAAGAUUCUACGCCUGGGCAACUCAGCAGAUGCUCUCGAGUCAGCCAAAAGAGCUGUGCACCUAUCCGAUAUUGUCCUGAGAUUCUGCAUCACGGUUAGUCACCUCAAUCGAGCCUUGUACUUCGCAUGUGACAAUGUCCUAUGGGCUGGAAAGUCUGGACUAGCUCCCUGUGUGGAUCAAGAGAAGUGGGCUCAGCGCUCAUUCAGGUACUAUCUCUUUUCCCUCAUCAUGAAUUUGAGCCGGGAUGCUUAUGAAAUUCGCUUACUCAUGGAACAAGAGUCUUCAGCUUGUAACCGGCGACUGAAGGGUUCUGCAGGAGGAGUCCCAGGAGGACUUGAAACUGGGGGACCUGGGGGACCAGGAACUCCAGGAAGAGGCCUGCCUCACCUGGCUCUGAAGCUUCGGCUCCAAGUCUUGCUCCUGGCUCGGGUCCUUCGAGGUCAUCCCCCACUUCUGCUAGAUGUAGUCAGAAAUGCCUGUGAUCUCUUCAUACCACUGGACAAAUUAGGCCUCUGGCGCUGUGGCCCUGGAAUUGUGGGGCUUUGUGGCCUUGUGUCCUCCAUCCUGUCAAUUCUCACCCUAAUCUAUCCCUGGUUACGACUCAAGCCAUGACAGUCUGGUACAGGAUAAGGAGGGGACCUGAACUGGUGAAGUGGAAUCUUAGAUCAUCCCCCAUGUACUAGCCUCAUUCUAAUUCUGCUUCUUGAGUAGUUAAAAUCCAGAAUUUAGGGGUUUAUGGAAGAGUUUGGGGAAGAUGAGGCAAAGACAGAUGACUUGUCAAUAGAAUGAUUCUGAUGCCCAGAUAUGGCUAAGCGUUUGUUCUUUUCCUCUCAUUGUCUGAAUCUCUCUUGACUCUUUAUUUCAUCAUCCCAUGUCUAUUUAAGAUACUUUUUACUUUACCUCCUCAGUCCCCUGUCCAGGAAUUUGAACAGAGAUACUUUCUGGGAGGGAAGGUAUCAGGUUUGGUUUGUAAAACUCUGCCUCCUUUUUUUUUCCCAGAGGAUGCUUGUGGCAAAUUUUUUUCUCCUUCGAACUCCAAACCAUAACUUUUUGUUUGUUUGUUUUAGUCAGGGUCUCACUAUGCAGCCCAGGCUGGCCUCAAACUCAAGUGAUCCUGCCUCAGCCUCCUGAGUGCUGAGAUUACAAAUGUGUGCCACCAUGCCUGGCAUAAAUCACACUUUUUAAGACUUAUGUCCCAGUAAACUCUUUCUUCACAUCUCUGCACCACAGGUUGUUUAGUGCUUUCUCUUCCAUCCUCAUAUCUACCUCACCAGCCUCUCUCAUGACCUGGCCCUUACCCUUCCCUGUACUCACACCUUCAGAUUUCUGCUUGCACUUUGAUUUCAGAGCUUUGUUCCCUCGCUGGUUCUUACUUUACCUAUCCAGACUGAUGCUGUGUCUAGCAUCCUGCUGUAAAUAUUGUACAAUGAUUCUCUGUAAAUGUCUGUGGCCCAUGUCCACCAUGGAGAGCAAAUUAAAGAUCAGUGUGCUCGUUGA